CUUGAAUUUUUCAGAAGAGAAAAAAACACAAAAAUCGUAAUCUAAUCUAAUCGUACUCGAGUUAUUUCUCAUCAAGAAGUACUUGGAAAUACAAAAGUUAUCUGGCUGUUCAAUUGGACCAUGAAACAAUUGUUGGGCAUUGAUAAAUUGUGAAGCAGAGCAAAAACAAUGAAAAAAUUUGGAUGAUCUCAUACAUUACAAUACACAGACGCAAACAAGGGGUGGUUUUGCAAUUUAUCACAGCAAUUAUUAUUCACAACUAAAGUUAUCAAUUACACGGGAAAGACUUUGAUUUGCACGACACUGCAAUUCAAGUAUGUCGAGUCGCUGAAGUUGCAAAGUGUGAAGUGUAGAGAAUCGCAAAAGGUCGUGAAAAAAAUUAAAUUCCUGUACAGCAGUGUAUAUUUACGCGUAUAUUACGUCGGAGAGGAAGGUCGAUGAAUUUAUUUUUGUAGAGGAAUUCGGAGGUAUUUGUGCUUGAAAAGUACAUACGACGUCGUCGGCUCGCAGCAUCGAGCAUCAUGAGGAAGCAGUUUCAGAAAUUCAAAGAAAAAGCGGACAAUCUCGUGCGACCCCGUGGCACGGAUCGCGAUACCGAAUUACGAGAUGUCGAAGCACGCGUCGAUCGUUUCAAGAAAGUUUUGCGAACGCUCGAGAAGAAAAUUUUGCCGCCAUACUCGAUGGGACUUUCGGGCGAUUCAAAUGCACGCAAAACUCGAUGUGCAAAGCUCCAAGAGUACAAUUUGGGCGUCACAAUGGAAGAAUUAGUCAAAGAAUUGCCUGAAACGUGCUCGUUGCGAAACAGUUUGGAUUUGUGUGGAAAAGCCCAAAAAAUCUUGGCUGAAACCAAAGUCAAUAACGACGUUGAUAUCGAAGAAGCCGUUUAUAAAGAACUUGCCCGCAUUUCGGAACAUAUCGCGACGAUACAGAAGCAAAAGUCUGUAGAAAACAAGUGCGCCAGUGAUUUCGAACAAGCCAAAAAUAAAUACAGCAAUGCCAAAAAAGCUCAAGAGAGCAGUAGCAAAGACAAAAAUGCCGAACAAGCGGCGAAAAUCGAUUCGUACAAGGAUGAAAUGGAUGAAUGCGAAACGCGUCUCGACAAGGAACGGGAUAUUUAUGCGUGUUGCAUGUACGAUUUGCUCGCUGAAGAGGAGGCUAUUAUCAAAUCCCUCAUAAAUUUCGUGCAUUUACAAGAAAUUUAUUAUGCUAAAUCUCUGCAACAUGCGACUCAUGUUUUGGGCGAGAUGAAGCAUGUUAAAGUUCAUAAAAAGGUAUUCGGUGUGAAUUUACAAGAACAUCUCAACGCUCUCAUCUCCAUGAUGGAUGAUAACGAGCCCGGAAGCGAUAUUGCCUUCGUAAUCGAGUAUUGCGUGUGUUUCCUGUUGGAAAAGGGAUUCCAAGAAGAAGGAUUAUUCCGUGUCGGGCAUACAGCGCACAAGUUAUCUCGUCUAAAAAGUGCCAUCGAUGCAGGAAUCGUAAAUGCGAAAAAUCUGCCAGAUAUCCAAGAUCCGCAUGUAAUUGCGGCUCUCUUGAAAAACUAUCUGCGAAGUCUUCCGGAGCCUCUGUUAACGUAUGACCUGUAUAAGGACUUUAUUGCUGUUGCGAAUUUGAUGCCCGAACAAGGUUUGAAACAGGAAAUUUUACGUGUUUUGAAGAAGUUACCAAAAGCAAACUAUGACAACCUUCGAUACCUCAUGGCAUUCUUCUCGGAUUUGAAAGAGCAAAUCAGCAAGACACGAAUGACAACGCAAAAUAUCGCCAUUGUGAUUUCGCCGAAUCUGUUAUGGUCGCAAAACGAAAAGGAUCAAAGUUAUUCGGAGCAAGUUAGUUCCACAGCGGCUGUUAAUACGAUUGUCGAGCAAUUGGUGAGCGAUUAUUCGUACUUUUUCGGAACAGAACCCGUUUGUUUUUACAAAAGUUUGAAGAAACCCGUUUGUAAGGCGACAAAUCGUCAAUUGUCGGAUAGCACGACGACAGAUGACAACGGAGGGUUUAUUAGCGAUGGAGAUCGUGAUAAUCCUUUGACAGCUGCUGUUAUGUCACAAAGUAUGGGACCUACAACGGGAUUUGCGAAAACUCAUACGCCCCGAAGCAGCGAUGGGACAAACCAAAUUCAGAUUCAAAACGCCAUGCCACGUACGGGAUCGAAUAAUUCAAUGUCUGAUAGUUCAAGCCCGCCGCAAAGAAGUCCUCGACCCUUGCGACGAAACAAAAAUAAAGCUCCUGCGCCAACGCCAACGCAUGAUAAUCGACACGAGGCGGAAACUCAAACAAAAACUGUGUUUCGUACCUCGAGUGAUGCCACGCCAAUAGAAAAACACAAAAUCAAACGUACAACAAGCAUCGAGGAUAUGCGAAGAAAUGACGAGAACAACGUCGCCAACAAUCCGCUGUACGGAUAUCACACAAUAAGUCGUUCUUCGGUGCGUGAAAAGCCUUCUCGACCUUCGCCUGCGCCGCGAAACAGCAUGAGAUUCGACGAUGCAAAAAUUUAUGCGAAUUUCGAUCCUCAAGUAACGAUUCGGGAGAAACCUGCAAUCCCUGAACGUCCCGCAAAUCUACCUGUACGCCCAUCAAGCAUUUCACGAUCGCUCGUUGAUCAUUUCAAGGCAGAAUCUUCGCCGCCUGCCGAGUCAAAACGUUCACAUUCGGAUAACGAUUAUCCCCCGACGACAUCCGCAUCACACGAAACCCAACUCGAGCGAAUCCAAUCUUUCAGUAUUGACAAGCAACAAGUUGCCAUAAUCGAUAUCGGAGGCAGUAACGGCGAGAAACAACAACAACGCAGAACACGCAAGUCAAGUAGUCAAGAACGCAGUUUAGAAUUGCCCGAAAAUGCUGGCAUGACGGAAAGCAAUAACAAUUCGAACAACUUUGAUCAUGCUACGUUGCAACAAGUUCCUCCGUCGCCGCGCGAAGGCAAAAAUGUUAAACGACCUCAAGUUCCUGCGCCUCCGCCGCCUACAAUCAUCAAUCCAGCCAAGCAAGAAUGUGCACAGAACAUUACCUCAGACUCGACCAACUUAUAACAGAAAGAGGAAAUGCUAAUAUAAUACAAAUAAAAAUUAUCGCAUUUUAGUUGUUAUUCAAAGAAAAAAAUAUGAGUGCUAUGAGCUCACUUAAAUGCUCUCGUGAUUUUGUUGCGUUGUGUUAAAAUAGUAAUUCAACAUAUAUUUAGAAUUAUUUUUAAGAUUUGUCAUUUUUUUUUUGCAUUUUGGAGAUUUAUACGUACAAGAAAUAUUUUUUCAUUAAAAAUUUUCAAUAGUCAUUUAUAUUUUUUUAAAAAAUUAUUACAGGAAAAUAUUUUUAUAAAUUUUUUUUUUUGUUAUUUUACGUACUAAAGCAUUCACGUGAGAGUCGACUCUCAUAUCAACAAAAAUAUAUAUCACACAUAAACACGUUGCAUUAUUAAUUAAUUAUUAUUAAUAAAAAAAAUAUUAUUAAAAAAAUUGAGUCAUUAAACAUAAAAAAAAAUAUUUGUUAGUAAAAAAUAGUAUAAAUUGUAUUAAUUUUGUGCUCAAUGUGCUUUAUAAGACCAGCUUAUAUACAAAAAAAAAAAACAAACAAAUAAUAAUUAAUUAAUUAAUUAAUUAAUAACAUAUUAAUAUUAAACGAAUUUUGAUAUUCCAAGACCCCAUUACAUUAUAAAUUUGAUGAAAAGCAUAUCUUAACUAUUAAUUAUCUCUUUCUUAUAUCAUUAUGAGAUAUUAACUUUAUAUAUGAAGAAAAAAACCCUUUUUAUGAUG